UAGGUAACUAAACAUGAAGGUAUUCUUGAUGUUCCAAGCUGCGUUCGUUCUUUCAGGCAUGGUUUUAAACACAGGUGCGGAACUUUCUCUUACUGUAAUUAGUCCUCUUGGUGAAUCAACAAUAAAUGAUCUUGAUAUACCCACAGACUUUGAGUGCAAUGCAAAAGUAACUUUGCUAUGUGAAAUUAAACCAUAUAUAGACUCUGUGAGUUGGCAAAUAAAUGGGGAAACAUACGCACUAUGCGUUUUCCAGGACUGUUUCACCUAUCCGCCAUUUCCGGAAAACCACAUACUUACUAUGGACGUGGCAAGUGGAAUUUUUAAUUUAACUGUGGAUCAUGUUACCAAUUCCACAAACUACAAUAUUUACAAAUGCGAUGAUGGCAUUACUGCAAGAUCAGUUGAAGCACAAGUGAAAGUAUAUCUUAACAAUGAGACUUUAACAAUGGAUACAACUGCUGAAGAUCGAAUAACAGUAACAACUGGAUGUGUCUAUCCGAAUGGAAUUGAAAAUGUAACAUUUGAAUGGUACAUAUCUAAGUAUAACACGACUCAAGAGCCAGAGCAAUUUACAUCAAAAAAGAAUGAAAGCACGGCAGUGUUUGAUUGUACAGAAACGCCAAGUUGCACAGCAUCACAUUUCAACAACACUGUGGUAUUUGAUGUUUUCGAUGAUGGGGAAGAGUAUUAUAUUUUUGUUAUCGUUAAGCACGAGGAUGCUCCAAAUAGGCCCUCUGCAGUUAAAUCUACUGGCAGACGUUAUAAAGUCAAGGACAAAGGUGGCAGUCCGUGUGACAUUCCGUGUGAUAUUGUCUGCAAACUACUUAUUGCUUGCGGACUUAACCUCUUCAUAAUCGUAAUCGUUGGAUGUUUACAAAUGUAUGUGAUGUUACGCUCAACAGGAAAAG